UUUAAUAUCACAAAAACACACAUAGAAUCUAGUAACGCUCCCCUGACCACCAGCAAUAGCUAUUUAAAUCUACAAGGCUUGAGUUUGGGAAAGAUCCAGGCUGCCAUUAUAAUUACGUUGAAAGCAGGAUAGUCUGAGUAACAACUUGAUCUGACUGAAUCAGUCCGACUUGGUAAAUGUCGGCCAUCACAGAAUGUUUUCAUAAGGUCAAAGGACAGCGGACAUAGUUGAAGAUGGCUGGACAGGAACAAGUACAGAAAUUACCACCGUUUCUUAAAGGACAUCUAUUUCCAUGUACCUUUUGUGAUUUUACUUUCGAAAAUAAGACUACUCUUCAAGAACACAUCAACAUUUUGCACAAAGAUAAAGAUCAAUUCUGCUGUAACCUUUGCGAUUUCAAAUGUGCAAGGGCAGAACAAUUGAAAUGUCAUGCGUUCAUACACAUGGAAAACAUUGUGUUCUCUUGCACCCUGUGUAAUUCUCCUCAUAGUAGUAUUUAUCAAUUGAAACAACAUUUAAAAAGUCAUGUGACAGAGCAAGUUUCUACAAAAUUUUUGUGCUCUUUUUGUGGCAAGGGUUUUAAGAGGAAAUUGGCCAGAAAAAAGCACAUCUUGAAGCACAAUGGACUGUUCAAAUGUGUUUGCACUGUUUGUGAAUUUUCUACAAACAUGUUGCAAGAAGUUGUAAAGCAGAAUCAUUCCUUUUUCUGCAGACUUUGUCAAUUAUCACUGUACAGUUUAUCGGAUUAUGAUAGUCACUUAAACAGUGUUCACAACAUUCAUCUGGAAGAUUGUUCAGAUACAGUGUUUCUGAGUCAUUAUAAUACCAUCCAUCAGAAGAAUACCAGUGACGAGACAGUUAGAAUCGUCAACAAAAGAAAAAAAGUAUUUCUGUGUUCUCGUUGUGGGGCUUGCAUUUCUUCUUCGGCUUCAUUUAAAGUACAUAGAUGUAAGAGUAAUGAGAAAAACGUGUUCAAAUGCGAAUUUUGCUGGAGAAGUUUUAAACGCAAAACUUUACUAAAAUCACAUGAGCUUGUGCACUUAAACAAAAAGCAGUUCAGGUGCUCUCUCUGUUCGUACGAAUGUCAUGGGCAGCAAUAUCUGAAUCGCCACAUGCUGACUCACUCAGGAGAGAAAAGUCACCUGUGUGCCACUUGUGGACUUACGUUCAUGUCUGCUGGAGCUUUGCGUGGACAUAUGGGUAUUCAUACUGUUCGCAAACCUAUUUCUUGUCAGAUAUGCUCUUUUCAGACAAGUGACCCUCGUGCACUGACAAGACACACAGCUAAACAUAUUGAUGCCAUAUAUUCUUGUAAAGAAUGCAGCUAUACAACAGUUCGGCAAGCUGAUCUGGAAAAUCAUCAAAAGAAUUCUCACAAAUGUUGGCAAGAUUUCCAGGAUUUCAUGUGCAAAGCCUGUAAUUUGUUACUUCUUUCUAAAAAAGAAUACCAAGUUCACAUGUUGUCACAUUUUACUACUGUUCGUCAGAAUUAUAAAUGCCAGUUGUGUGACUAUACUAGCAUUGUUCAAAAAAGUUAUAUUGAGCAUAUGAAAACUCAUGCUGUUGACAAGCCUUUUACUUGUACAAUAUGUGAUUAUUCAAGUAACCGUCGCUUGAAUCUGAAAAUGCAUUUGAAAAGACAGCAUAAAAUCAACCUUGUUGGUUUUGCCACAUACUCAUGCAAAUUGUGCAGUUUUUCAUGUGAGCGUGUUCAAGAUUAUUCAAAGCAUAUGAGAUUCUGUCAUUCUGUGAGUGAACCUUUCAAAUGCCCAGUAUGUUUAUACAGUAGUAGGCAAUCAAAUUUACUGAAGAUUCAUAUGGAAACACACAAACCACACAAAUAUUUGUGCUCCUUGUGUAAAUUUAAGAGCAAGAGAAAAACUCUUUUGAACCAACACAUGAGAAAGAAGCAUUCGAAUGGUUUAAUAGAAGAAGCAAAUACGAAAAUGUAUAGAUGUACAAAGUGUGAUUUUGAGAGCAGACAUUUUGCUUCUCUUAGAAAUCACAUGCCUAUUCAUAGCGGUAUUGUUUAUCCCUGUGAGGAAUGCAGUUACACUACAUUUUCUCAAAGGAACCUGGACUCUCACAAACGUAAACACUGGCGAGAGAAACCUUUCAAAUGCCCAUUCUGUGACUACAGCAGUGUUAGAAAAAAUAACUACAAAAUUCAUAUGGUGAGACAUAUUAAAGAAAAGCUGUAUUUUUGUGAAGACUGUGAUUUCUUCAGCAAAUGUAACUCGGAAUUCGCUAUCCAUUCUGCACAGGUGCACGAGAAGCACUUGAUUGAGUCUCAAGUUAAAGAAAAUGUUGUCCGCAUCACCAGCCAUGUGGAUAAUACUUUGAAAGAAAGUUCAGACUUGGGAGGCACACAAAUGAGUGCUGCCCUUCAAGACACUGUCUCAUCCCAGUCUUUGGCUACUUUGGAAAAUGAGACAGUUAUUCCACACAACCAGAGAUGUGAGACAUCAGUUGCACAAAUUCAGUUUUCAGAGCCUGCACCCUUAGUGAGUUCAUCCCAGGGCUUUGGUCAAGUCUCAACUGCUGAAUACUCUUGUAUCCACAUCUCACAUACUCCGAAUGAAUGUGAGGAAAUUUCCGAUGUCGAACCUUCAAGAGAAAGUUUGGACACUAAAUUUCCCACCAGUUUGAGCAAAGUGAGUCAGACUCAAACGAUUGAUGCAUUUCACAAAGAUGAAUUCAGUUUGACUGGAAGGGGUUCUAAAACGGAUUCUUUUUCUACUCUCAACUACAGGAAACGAGCACUUGAGCACAAUAGUGAAUCACAACCAUUGAUAUGUUCACCUGUUAAGACUAUUUCAAAAACAGUUGAGACUCAUACUCGUACUAGAACAUUGAGUCAUCAUGAAGAAAAUGUUUAUGUUUCAUAUCAUGUUUUGCAGGAUGGAACAGUUCAACAGCCAGUAGGAGAAGUCAGUGAUCUAACUUCUCAAGCUGAGGUGAGACAAACAGAUGGGUUGUUGAGUUCUGUCUUUCAAGAACAGUUUAACAGCUCUAAACUGCCUUUUGUACCGACAGACAGGUUUACUUCAAUUUCGUCUCAACAUAGUUUGCCCACUGCUGGCCUCCCACAUGUGAGCUGUAGUUUACAGCUAGUCAGCACCUUCCCAAGAUGUUAUAGCAGAUCUGCAGGAAAUGAUGUUCAACUGAAACAGACAAUUACAAAUGCGUCAAGCAACUCUAAAAGCAGUAGUACUGCUAAGCUGUCACAGGAUGUCACCCAUGUUCCGAUGAUAUCAUCUGGCUAUACAUGUGAACGGUGCAAGAUGGAAUUUGAAGACUUCACAGAAUUUCAGGACCAUUCCAGGUUGAGUCAGUGCCAAACUUGUGAAGUUCACUCUGAGCCCCAUGAGCCUGAAGAGACGGAUGUGCUGGUUGUACCCACAGACAACUCCUGUAGUGUUAUAGAUUCUGCAGUGAGUGUAGAUGAGCCUGCCAUAUGUACAGCUACCUAUUCUUAUGUUUGUGCGCGUUGUAGAUUUUCAUGCAACAGGCCCAGUGUGUUCAAAAGACACAUGCUCUCAGAGCACCAAGUUGAGAAGGCUUUUGCAUGCAGCUUGUGUCCAUAUUCAGCAAAGAGGGAGGAAGACUUAAAGGUUCACAUGAUAACUCAUGAUAACAGUUUGGUCCACUUUUGCAACUUGUGUGAUUACAAGUGCAAACGUGCCCCAGCUUUAAGAAAGCAUGUGAACAAAAAGCACACAGAUGUCACUUUGUUUUCAUGCAACCUUUGUGACUUUGGCUGUAAUUAUGAGUCAGAUUUGAAGUCGCAUAAAUUGAAAGUGCACGAAAAAUCUCAGCUUCUUUCUUGUAAACUAUGUCAGUUCUCAUGUGAGUAUGCAGUAAGUUUCAAAGAACACAUGAAGGUUGUUCAUCUUGUGGAGAAUGCAUUUUCGUGCCCGCAUUGCAGUUAUAGCAGUCCCUCCUGGAACAACUACAGGGCUCACCAAGUGAAGCAUUUAUCCUCCAGGAAAUUUUCUUGUCAGGUUUGUUCUUCCUCCUUCAAGCGUUCCUCAGCUCUCAAAAGUCACAUGCGUCUUCACUCUGCUGAAAGAAGUCUGUCUUGUUCUAAAUGUCAUUACCAGAGCAGCUCUCUGGAAAACAUGAAGAUGCACAAACAGAGUCACAAUAAAAAGAAAUGGUUUUUGUGCAAGUUCUGUCCAUGUUCGUACAACAACUCUUCAAGUUUGAACAAGCAUGUGUCUUUGGUCCAUAAACACAGUGAGAAGUACAAGUGCCAGCAAUGUCCAUAUUUUACAUCUGUACUUUCCCUUCUAAAAAGGCAUCAAAAGGUUCAUAAUGUUCAAAAUCAACUUCAUUGUUCCAUGUGCCAGUUUGUCUGUAACCAUGUUGAAGUAUUACUUAAUCAUCAGCUUCUGCAUAGUUCCAACAUUUCUGUAAGCUCGAGUCAAACUGUGACUUCACAGGAUGAUAUUCUACAGUCAAAUAUGAAUAAAGAUGAAUUACUAUCAAAUGAAGGUAGGACAGGGAACUUGCUCUUUGUGCGGAACAAAAAUCCAAACAGUAAUAAAUACUUUUGUUGUGCUGUGUGCCCAUUUACAUGCCUACGACCUCAUGAGUUAAAGAUUCACACAUAUGGCCACACAGGUGAGAAGCCAUUCUCUUGCAAUCUGUGUAACUUCUCAUGCAGCAAGCCUUUAACCUUAAAGUAUCACAAACGUAAAGAACACAAAGUAGUUGUAGGAGCAAAAAAGACAAGUUCUGAAAUGUGCAAGACUGUACAAGCGCUGUUGUCCUGUCCAUUAUGUCCAUAUGUUUCCAGUAAGCACAGAUAUCUCAAGUAUCAUAUCUUACGUAAACAUGAGAAUGAAAAUUCUAAGUCAAUUACUAAUGAAGUGAGAGGUAUAAAUGUUACCCCAGAUAGGUCGUUAAAUCCCAUUUUCUCUGACAAGAGUUCAGCAACAGACAGUUGUGAUAAUGUAUUGAAGCAAAGAAUGUCUGAAUCCAAAGAUAACAGGAAAAGUAGAACAUUUUCAUGUUCUAAAUGCCAGUAUUCAACUCUUCGUAAAAGAAAUUUACUGACACACAUGAAGCGUCAUAGAGAGAAAUAUUUCUUAUGUCAUUUAUGUGACUAUACUUGUAGAGAAGAAAGAGAGCUAAACAGACACUUGAUCACUCAUGAGAGUAAAAAACCCUUGUCAUGCACAUUAUGUAACUACACGUGCAUCCAGGCAGCAAGCCUCAAGGUUCAUAUGAUGAAACACAGUGGAGAGAAGCCCUUCAAAUGUAGCCGUUGUGACUUCAGAUGUCGUCAGCGGAGCACUUUGCGAGAUCACAUGAUGCGGCAUUCCAGCGAAAGACCGUUUGCCUGUGGGCAGUGCGACUAUAGAGCCAAGCGAGCAGCAUCUCUCAAGAUGCACCUGUUGAGUCACUGGGAAGAGAAGCCUGUUAGCUGUAGUCUCUGUGCCUUCACAUGCAAGCAUGUCAAUGCUCUCAGAUCGCACAUGAAGUCUCAUGCUAAUGAUGUUGUGUCUUCCUGACCAAUGACAAAAUGCUUUUGACUACAACAAAGGUCUUGUGAUUAUUGUGAUGACACCUUGGGGCUCCUUACUACUCUUCUUACUUGAGUUUAUGGAGUGAACAAAUCUUCUUCAGCCGUGUCAUUGACAGUCUUUCACCAUUUAGUUCCCGGCUUUUCUCCUUAUCUGCCCUCUCCUCCUCUACAAAACUCUGUGUGUUUAUGUGUGUGUGUAUGUGUGUGUGUGUGUGUAUGUGUGUGUGUGUGUUUGUUUGUUUUGCUAAAUUUCUCUUCCUGUACAACAUGCUAAUGCAAUGUAUGGAUCUAUUCAUGUUUAUCUACAGUACAGGUUCUCCAACGUCAAGGCAGGGUAGUGGGUGUAAUACCUUAUUCAGUUCUUCUGGUGCCUUUGUUACUUUUCAUUAGAUAUACAUUUUUAAGCAUGUACAUUGUAAUUGGUAGCAUUACCAGGUAUUACAUUUACCAUGCUUCCUGUUGGCAGUUUUUGUAUAAAGUAGAGAAGUAACAAAUUUAUGGACUCGUUAAUGGCAUUAGAAAAAGUACUCAAAGAUACUCUUAUGCAGAGGAAUUCAUCCUUAUUUAAAUCACUCUUUAAAAUAAUUUUCACUGAAAUAAAAUGUAUUUGUGCCUACAGAUGAAGCAUAUAUAUUUUAUUACCAUUGGACCAGGUUCUAAAGUAUAGGAGGUGUUUAGAAAGAAACCGCUCUUCCUCGAAUCUCUCCUGAAAGUCUGUACUUGUAGAUAUCUAUUCUUGAUGAAACUAUGUUUACCUAUAUUUAUUAUAGAGGGGUUUUCUCAUUUGUGUGUAUACGUACAAAUGUGUGUGGACACAACCUGUGUUUUCUUUGAAAGCUGCAAAUGUGGUCAUGGUAUGGAGAGUUGUUAAUUUUUUUACUUUGAAAAGUUUGCAUCUGGUUUCAAGGCGUUAUUUCAUCACUGUUGGGCUAUUAUUAAAAAGUGCCAUAUCAACAGAUUGUUCUUUGUAUUGUAGUUUCCAUUUCAAAGAUAACUGUAUUGUAACAAAGGUUUUCUUGCUGUAAUGGUAGCAAUAUUGAAGUCUUAUUACAAUUUGUAGACCUAUACCAUUUUGAUGUAGACUCUAUUCUAAUGUGAACCUUAUGUCAUUUUUUAUUCAGGUUCAGAUAUAUAGCCUACCUUUUUUGUCUUUACAGUGUUCCAAAUUGAUCCCAGUUUGUCCUCGUUUCAACCAUUUCAAAAGUCACAUUUUCAAAGAUGUUAAAAAGUCAGGUACUAAUUAAGUGACCAGACAAUUUAAUAUAUUAAGAUAUGCUUAUAUAUAGUUUAUACAAAAGUAGCUGGAUCAAAUUAUGAUAGUUCUUUUAGUGUGAUACUCUACUUUUUUUUUAGAAUGUAAGUGUUUUUUUAAUGCCUUCACCGACACAUUUUCAGAUCAUUUAGGAAGCGGGCUUCCUACUCUGCCAGUCAGGGCCAACCGGGGCUGAGCAGGAUACAACAUCGCAGCAGAAAGACUGAGAUACUGGAUACAAAUUUUUUCCCCAAAGGCGAAGUGCCUAACCGUUACACUAUAGACAAUGGUAUACUUUAUUUUUAUGUUGGUGUUAUCGAUCCAGAAACUUUACUUUUAUAAAACUCAUAUUACAUGUACAUGUAUUGUAUUUACAGAUGAGAUUGUUUAAUAUUUCCACACCCGUAGGAACAUAACAAUAUUUGCUCAUAAUUUCAAUUGUUUUUACCAGAUUCCCAUUGAAUAAAAGUAUGACACUGAGUGCAACACUUGAA